AUGGCCUGGCGCAACCAAGGAAUUACAGGUUCUAACAACAUCCCCCUAGGCCCCCGUCGUCGUUUUGGCGAUGAGCCUCAGGAUGAUGACAGUCGCACUGCGACGCCCGCGUCCAUCGGGGAUACCAGCUACAAGCGAGGCAGGAGUCCUGUUCGAGCGGAAGCCCCUGCUGACGGCGUGAAGAAGCGCAAGAAGCGUAACCGUUGGGGUGAUGCGCAGGAGAACAAGGCGGCCGGUCUAAUGGGUCUUCCGACCAUGAUCAUGGCCAACUUCACCAACGAACAGUUGGAGGCUUAUACUCUGCAUCUGCGGAUCGAGGAGAUCAGUCAGAAGCUGAGGAUUAAUGAUGUCGUGCCGGCGGAUGGUGAUAGAUCGCCCUCCCCUCCUCCCCAAUACGAUAAUUUUGGAAGACGUGUAAACACUAGGGAAUACCGUUACCGCAAGCGUCUUGAGGAUGAGCGCCACAAACUGGUCGACAAGGCCAUGAAGACCAUUCCUAACUACCACCCGCCAUCUGACUACAGACGUCCUACUAAGACCCAGGAGAAGGUCUACGUACCUGUGAAUGAUUAUCCAGAGAUUAACUUCAUUGGCUUACUUAUAGGUCCUCGUGGUAACACCUUGAAGAAGAUGGAGACCGAAUCCCUUGCCAAGAUUGCUAUUCGUGGCAAAGGCUCCGUUAAGGAAGGAAAGGGUCGAUCUGACGCCGCUCACGCUAGCAACCAGGAAGAAGAUCUUCACUGCUUGAUUAUGGCAGACACCGAGGAAAAGGUCAACAAGGCUAAGAAGUUGAUUCACAACGUUAUCGAGACGGCUGCCUCUAUCCCUGAGGGUCAAAAUGAGCUCAAGCGGAACCAGCUUCGAGAGCUCGCCGCCCUUAACGGUACUCUUCGUGACGAUGAAAACCAGGCUUGUCAGAACUGUGGUCAAAUCGGUCAUCGCAAAUAUGACUGCCCUGAGCAGCGUAACUUCACCGCCAACAUUAUCUGUCGUGUCUGUGGUAACGCUGGUCACAUGGCUCGUGACUGUCCUGACCGCCAGAGAGGCAGCGACUGGCGCAACAACGGUUACAGCCGCGGUCCUAGAGCUAUUGGUGCUGGUGAUGCCGUCGACCGGGAGAUGGAGCAACUCAUGCACGAACUCUCCGGUGGCGCGCCUGGUGAAGAGGCUCCUCGCCGUAUUGAGGCCGGUCCUGGCCAUGGCUACGAUGACCGUGACAUGAAGCCCUGGCAACAGCGUGGUCCUCCUCCCAGCGAUGUCGCACCUUGGCAACAGAGAGGCCGGGACAACCGCUCGCGCGACGACUAUGGCUCCCGGGACUAUGGCAGCCAGGCCCCAUGGGCCGCGCAGAGCCGCGGAGGCGACUAUGGCUAUGGUGCCCCUGGUGGCGGAUACGGCGCUCCCGGAGUCGCUCCUUGGCAGCAGCAAGCUCCGCCCCCGCCGCCCCCUGGAGGCCAGUCUGGAUACGGUUAUGGUGGAUACCCUGCCUAUGCUCCUGGCAUGGCCGCUCCUGGUGCUCCGGGAAUGGGUGUUCCUCCUCCGCCGCCUGGUAUGCCUUCUAUGUACGGCACUCCUCCGCCGCCACCUCCUCCCGCGGACGGUCCUCCGCCUCCGCCUCCUUCCGAUCAGCCCCCACCGCCUCCUCCGCCUGCGUGA